GGCGCCUGGAAACAGAAUGCCGAAUGGGCCAAGACCAACUAUGGGUCAACGUCAACCUCUAACACGUCAAAGGGCUCCUAUGAUGAGACCAAGAAGUGGAGUAGGCAUGACUGCAUUGAGAACAGUCAGGCCGAGAAUGCCGAACGCUCCCAAUGGUAUUCGCCAGCAACCAUCUCCAGUGAAACGAACCCCAGAACAAAUGCAGCAACUGCAAGCUAAAAAGAAGCGGUUUGAUAUGCUGACUCCUGAUAAAGAUGACGACGACUGUCAGGUGAUUUGUAUGCAGCCAAAGAAUACUGAUGGAGGUCUGCCACAGAUAGAAAGUGUACAGGUAUGUCAACAUAUUCUACUAUCAAUAAGAAUGGUAAUCUGUAACCGAACCUGAAGGUGUUUUUUAUCC